GUCUUUGAUAACCACUGAAGGGUGAUCUUACAAUAAACGUGCAGCUACAUUCACUGUGAGCAGUAUCUUUUUGGCCAUCGUUUAGUGAAGUCGAGAAGAAUAAUCACAAUGCAGAAGUCCUUGGUUAUUGUGUUGGCCGUCUGCCUUUUGAGCGUUCACGCUUUCGUGAAACGCGACGCCCCAGCCCCAGCCACGGCCGCCGAUACACCCAACUACCUAGAAGAUAUUCAGAAACAGCUGGGAGACAUUGGCAAGCAAGUCAGCGACAAGCUGAAGGAGACCUUUAAUCCUGACGAGAUCAAAAAGGGUCUCAACGAUGCUGUGAACUCUAUCGGCAAGGCGCUUGAAGACUUGAAGGCGAAGUCUGAAACAGCGAAAAAAGAAUAGGGGUGGCGCAACAUGAGUAUUUAACACACACAAUUCAAACAAUCCUAGAUUUGAGUAGAUCUCUUGAGAGAAAAUAGCAAUAAUAAUAAACAUUUUUCUGUUAGUA